UGAGUCUGUCUCUCUCUCCUCUUGCCUCCUCACGUGCUAACACCAGAGAUCUUCAACAUCUUUUGCAUAAUAUAUGCUUCUGGGUCCUCUGUACAGAUGGUUUUUUAAAAAUCCUUACUUUAACUGUGUAUGUGCAUGUGUACACAUAUAGUGUAAAUAUAUAAACAUAUUCAAAAGAAAGGGAGUAUGAAGACAAAACAGACUUUUAACACUAUUUUCUGUAGGGGGGGAGUGAGGGGGACUUAAGAAACAUUCCCAGUAGUUCUAGUUAGUAUGUUGAGCAUCUCUCACUGGGCAACCCAAAUCUGUAUCAUUAUCACAUACAGCCUAAACAAAGAAAAGCCUUGAUGCUUAUUGAGGAUUUAGAUAACUACUGCCCUGUUAAGAAGAGAUUUUUUAAAUUGUGUUUUCAUUAUGACUCCAUCUCCAUUUAUUGAUCAAGGGAUUUCUUGCCUCACUUAACUCUAUAAUCUGUUGCUCAGAUUAAGAAAAUGUGAAAACUAUUGUUCGGUAGCAUGAAUAUAGACUUAAAGUGAUACUUUUAGAGGCUGGAUGAUUCAAAUACUAUAAUCCAAGAAAAGCAAGUAAUUGAUCAUGCAGAACAUGUUUUUAUGCAUUACUCCUUUAUGGGCUGAGCAUGCAAUGAAACAGAGCAGAUUAAAUGUUUGUAGAUGUGCCGUUACAGAAGCAUGAGCAUACCAGUGUAGGAACAACUAACAACAACAAAAGAGUGCUACUACAAGAGAUAGAAUAAUAAGGAAAUGGGCCUCAAUAAACAAGUGUAUCAUCAUUAUUCACUCAACACAUUUUGAGCAUCUAUUCCGUUCUCUUUAUGUAAGGAACAAUGCCAGGUGCAGUAAGUUCUCAGUUAUUAGGAGAAAGGAAGAGAAAGCAGUUGAACUUCAGGCCAGUCAAAUAGGUCCAGCUACUGCAGCAGUUAAAUCUUUUUUUUUUUUUUUUUUUUUUUUUUUUGCUUUUUGGGUCACAUCCAGGUGUUGCACAGGGGUUACUCUUGGCUCAUGCACUAAGGAAUUACUCCUGGCGGUGCUCGGGGGACCAUAUGGGAUGCUGGGAAUUGAACCCUGGUCAGCCACAUGCAAAGCAAACGCCCUACCUGCUGUGCUAUCGCUCCAGUCCCUGCAACAGUUAAAUCUUUACUUUAAACUUUAAAGGUAAAUCCUUUUGUGAUAAUAUUUUGUUCCAUCGAUUAAUUGACCGGGUCUGCCAAAUCCUGUAUAGCCUUCGAUGGGCAUUUUAAUUAACAGAUAUGAUAGCAGUAUCUGGCUUGUCUUUGGAACACUUUAACGUGUUCGUGUUACGAUGGGUUUGAGGGGACAGCUUCAGGGGUAGUGCAUAUGCUGAGCAGGAGGGAGGCACCUCCUGCUUGUAAACGCUGGGAGUGGUGCUGGUGACCCCCCAACAUCUCACCAGGGUCAAACACCACUGGGAGUGAUCCUGACAACAAUUAAGUGCUAAAGUGCAACAAAGAAAAGGUAACAGCAACUUGCUGGGUGCUUGUUAGAGACUCUGGACUGGGCGGUGUAGAAACACUAUUUCUCAGGUAGUUGGUGACUAUCCAAAAAUGAAUUACACUUGUUUUAUAGCUAUAGUACCGGCAAGUUGCAAGGAAAAGCCUGGCCUGGCUUGCAGCCUCCGAUGCCUAAGUCCCUUCCAAGGCAGGAUGAGACCACCAGCACAUUCACAAUACCAGACUUCCCUCGUUGAGAACCAUUGAGAGUUGACCCACCGGGUUUUACCUAAAACCCCAGGUGUAGAGGACACCGAAGCCACAUUUCUGCAGUUGAGGAACGAAGUGUUUAUGUGCAAUAAUAUUUAUUUUAAUGUUGUUUUCUUGCAAGGGGGGUAGUCAGCGGAAAGGAGGGGGGGAAUUCCAGCUCCGGACUUAAACCUCAUAAAUGGUUCUGUCUAAACAGCAGGCCGUGCAGGUUUCGGAGGAAAUGAUGACAGCAUUAGGGCACUUUAACCUUAAGACGAUAAGGAGACGUUGUGAUGGACAGCCGCGGGGUACUGAAGCACAACUGGUGGUCGUUGUCACUGAGGCAGCUGCCGGGUUCGCGUUCUCUCGGAACGCCCCCAGACCCUCGAUCUGCCAGCCGGUACCAGCCGCCGCCGCAGUGCCUGCAGCGCCAGCGGGGUGGGCCCGCGCCUUCCCGCCCCCGCACGCCCGCCAAGGCCGAAGCGGCCGGGACGCUGCAGAGCGCACCCCGCGAGCGCACGUGAUGGAGUGGCGCGGGAGCGGGGGGGAGGGAGAGGGGCGGAGUGCGGAGGACAGUUUUCUUUUUCCCCGCCCCCUUGCCGAAACCCCGCCUCCCCCGAGUCCGCGGCUGCCUAUUGCGCCCCGACCAGAAUGACCGCCAGGCUAGCCAAUGAAAACGCGACGCUUCAAGCACGACCCGCCCCCCGCUGGUCCUCAGGUUCCUUCCCGCUCACACCGGAGUCACUUCCGAAGAGAGAGAACCGCCAUGAAGAUAGAAGGGGGUGCCGCCCACCUCUGCUCCGACAGCCUCGCCGAAUCCCAGCAGCAAGACGGCAACCACGCACCCAACUUCGCCGGCCACAGCUCAUGCCGCCGUCGCCAGCGGCGCCGACAUGACAAGGCGCUACAUGUCCGCUAGGCCAGGUUUCCCCUCAUCCCCAGCCCCGGGGUCGUCGCCCCCGCGCUGCCAUCUGCGACCCGGUAGUACCGCUCCUGCUGCAGCGGGAAAAAGAACAGAGAGCCCGGGGGACAGGAAGCAGUCAAUUUUAGAUUUCUUCAAGCCAGCUUCAAAACAAGAUAGACACAUGUUGGAUUCUCCACAAAAAUCAAACAUAAAAUAUGGAGGAAGUGGCUUGUCCAUCCCUGGGACAGAACAAUGUGAAAGGAAACAUUCAUCACCAAAAAAAUCUAAACCCAAAAGGGUGUCAUCAGAAAAAAGCCCUAUUUUAGAGACUUUCAUGAAAGGUGAUAAAGAACACCAUAAAGAUCAUGGUGUACAUGAGUCACGUCGGCCUUGUGUGUCACUAGCCACGAAAUAUCCAAAGGCAGUUACAAAAGUCUAUGUUUCUUCAUACCACUCGCCAAAAGACAUGAAGACAUUCAAGAAAAAACAUCGAUCUCCAGAGAGAAGAAAGUCUCUGUUCACUCAUGAAAAGAGCAGAGAGAAGGACCGAGAGCGAAGCAAGAGCAGUUCAGACUCCACAAGGCACAGCACAGGCACUGAUAUCUUCAAGACCUCCAGAAGUCUGAGCAGCAGGGGCAGCCUAUCCAGGCACCACCCAGGAGAAAGCCCCCUGGGAGCUAAGUUCCAGCUGUCACUAGCGUCUUACUGCAGAGAAAGAGAACUAAAGAAGUUGAGAAAGGAGCAAAUGGAGCAGAGAAUCAACUCAGAAAAUUCUUUUUCAGAAGCAAGUAAUCUUACCUUAAAGUCCUCUAGCGUAGGAAGAAAAUGUAAACCAGUGCAGGAGCAGAGUAAACAGAAUGAUGUCAUCCCUGGAAAAAGUAAUCUUUCAAAUCUGGAAAAUGGACAUUUCUCAAGAAAAAGAUCCUCAUCUGAUUCAUGGGAACCUUCAGCAGGCUCUAAGAAUAAAUUUCCUGACAAAAGAAAGAGGAACUCUGUGGACUCAGACCUGAAAAGCACAAGAGAAUCUGUAGUGCCAAAAGCAAAAGAGUCCUUCCUUGAAAAGCGUCCUGAAGGGCCACAUCAAAAAGAGAAAUUUAUAAGACACAUUGCACUAAAGACCCCUGGUGAUGUACUGCGCCUGGAAGAUAUAUCCAAGGAGCCAAGUGAAGAAGCAGAUUGCCCCUCUGCAGGUGUGGCACCUACAAAUUCUGGCCACCAUUCUUCAAGGAAUAGUGACCACGUCCAUGUGGAAAGUACCAAAGAGACUAAGAUGCAGAAACCCCACUUAGCUUUACCUCAGGAAAAAUCUUCGGUUAAAAAAGCUAGCAGCUUUCAGAAAAAUAAAACUGCUAGCUCUUCUGUGACAUCAAAGGACACAAAACUUCUACCUUUACUUUCCCACGUUCCAAGUGCUGGUUCCUCUCGGGUACCAUUGAAUGUUAAAAGCUGCACCCUGUCAGUUCCUAGGAAAGAGAAAGAGCGUUCCUCAUCAAAAGAUUAUACUGGGCAUUCUUCAGAGUCAUCCAGACACAAGGAACACAAAACAAAGACUAAUAAGGCUGAUUCUAGCGCAUCUUCAGGGAAAAGUUCUGGGGAAUCUUUGCAUUCAGAGUAUGGCACUUCUACAAAGUCUCCUCCUCCAGCUAUGGAAGUUGUGCCAUGUACCCCAUCACACCCUCCAGCCUCAUCAGAUAAAGCCCCUUCAGAUAAAGAGAGUUCAGGAAAUUCCAAUGCAGGUAGCAGUGCACUGAGAAGGAAGUUAAGGGGUGCUUUUGAUAGUGAUGAGGAAAGUUUAGGUUACAACCUAGACAGUGACGAAGAGGAGGAAACAUUAAAAUCACUGGAUGAAAUAAUGGCUUUGAACUUCAGUCAAACUCUUGCAGCUACAGAAAAAACUCAUGCUCUUUCGAAAGGGCUUAAGUCUCAACCAUCAGACUACACAGAAAGUACUCAUAGCGGAACUUACACAAAUUCCUUAGAUCGUCUGGUGAAGGAAAUGGAAGACACACAAAGGUUAGACGAACUGCAAAAGCAACUACAGGAAGACAUUAGGCAGGGCCGAGGCAUCAAAUCUCCACUUAGAAUUGGAGAUCAAGACAGUACAGAUGAUGAGGAUGGCCUUUUAGAAGAGCACAGGGAAUUUCUAAAGAAAUUUUCAGUUACAAUUGAUGCUAUUCCUGAUCAUCAUCCAGGUGAAGAAAUAUUUAAUUUUCUCAAUUCUGGAAAAAUUUUCAACCAGUAUACCUUGGAUUUAAGAGAUUCUGGUUUUAUUGGACAAAGUGCUGUAGAAAAGCUUAUUCUCAAAUCAGGAAAAACAGAUCAGAUAUUUUUGACAACACAAGGCUUUCUUACAUCUGCUUAUCAUUAUGUCCAGUGUCCUAUUCCUGUGUUAAAGUGGCUGUUUCGGAUGAUGUCAGUUCACACAGAUUGUAUUGUGUCUGUGCAGAUUUUAAGUACAUUGAUGGAAAUUACAAUUAGAAAUGACAACUUCAGUGAUUCACCAGUGUGGCCCUGGAUCCCAUCAUUGGCUGACAUAGCAGCUGUGUUUUUCAAUAUGGGAAUUGAUUUUAAGUCUUUGUUUCCUCUGGAGAAUCUUCAGCCAGACUUUAAUGAAGACAAUCUAGUUUCUGAAAUGCAGAUGACACUUGGGGAAAAAGAAAUUGAUGAUUCAUCUCAUAAACCAGUUUUUUCAAGUCUUCCUGAAACCAACAUUUUAAAUGUGGUUAAGUUUCUAGGCUUGUGUACAUCUAUACAUCCAGAAGGUUACCAGGACCAUGAAAUAAUGCUGCUGAUUUUAAUGGUUUUUAAAAUGAGUUUGGAGAAACAGCUGAAACAGAUUCCUCUAGUGGAUUUUCAGAGCCUUCUUAUAAAUUUGAUGAAAAACAUCAGAGAUUGGAAUACAAAGGUACCUGAGCUCUGUCUUGCUAUAAAUGAACUCUCUAGUCAUCCUCACAAUCUUCUGUGGUUGGUACAGCUGGUCCCUAACUGGACAUCACGUGGAAGGCAACUGAGACAGUGCCUCAGCCUAGUGAUUAUUUCAAAGCUUUUGGAUGAGAAACAUGAAGAUAUCCCCAACGCCAAUAAUCUGCAGAUAUCAGUCCUACAUCACUAUCUUGUGCAAAUGAAGCCUUCCGAUUUGCUAAAGAAAAUGGUCUUGAAGAAAAAGACCGAACAACCAAAUGGCACUAUCGAUGACAGUCUUCAUAUGGAACUAGAAAAGCAGGCAUAUUACCUGACCUAUGUUCUUCUUCAUUUAGUUGGUGAAGUUAGUUGCUCUCAUUCUUUUUCGUCUGGACAACGGAAACACUUUGUGCUACUCUGUGGGGCUUUGGAAAAGCAUGUUAAGUGUGAUAUCAGGGAAGAUGCAAGGCUCUUCUAUAGAACUAAGGUUAAGGACUUGGUUGCUCGGAUUCAUGGAAAAUGGCAGGAAAUCAUCCAGAAUUGUCGACCUACUCAGGGGCAGCUUCAUGACUUCUGGGUACCAGAUUCUUAAUAAGAGUUGCAGCCACAAAAAUAUGAACCAAGAGAAAUUCAAUAAAACCUUUCCCAAGGAUUACUACAGAAUCCAAUGGAAUGCUAAGAAAAUGUGCAAGAAAUGUGCCACUUGAAAUAUCCAGUAUGAAGCUGGUAAUGAAGAAAUUGCUGUUUCUGAAGUAGAUAUGAAACACAAUCUACUUAAGUAAACUGGCCUUUCAAAAGAGAAUUCUUAAUACAAAAAGGGAAGGGCAUAAGCAACUAAUACUUGCAUAUCUAACAACCCCAACCAGUUAAUUUCAAGCUAAUUAUCUUUUUAGUUUUGGAUGGUAUUUGUGGCACUUGUAUAAUCACACAAAAUAUGUUAGAAAGGAUUUGGACCAACUUUAGGACUUGGAGAUGGAAACUAAGACCAGGUUCCAAUAGGGUUUAAUUUUCCCUCUUGGCUCUUUUAGGACACAAAGGGAAAGCUUUAGUAACAGAAAGGACAAAUCUCUUUUAAGACGCCUAUAAACCAUAGGGGAGGUUUCAGUCUGUGCAUUUUCCAUCACUCAAGAUUUUAAUGUUUUUAAAACAUGCUUAAACAGGAGCUGGCAAUACAGUACAACUGGUAAGGUACUUGCCUUGGCAGCAGUAGACCUGAGUUUCAUCCCCUGCACCACAUAUGGUCCCAGAGCCCCACCAAGAGUGAGUCCUGAACACAGCUGGGUGUGGCCCAGAAAACAAAGACAAAGGGGGAAAAAAUACACUUAAAUAGUUGAGAAACAGACAUUUGGUAUUCUGUCCGCUCUCCUGAAGGGGAAAGAUGGUGCCAUGAAAUAGUGGCUUUAUUUUCGUGCCAAAACAUCCUAGUGCAGUUUGUUUUAGAUUUCAAGUGCAUACUCAUUUUUAAAGCUGGUUAAAUUGUAGGUUCUUGGCUAAACUCUAGAAUUCUAGCCCUUGUUAGCCAUAUAUAUUAUCAAAAUAAAAGGUUAAAGAUCUAAGCAAGUCCAAAAACUUCCUUUCCUGAGUCGGUAACCCUGACAGAGACCUGAGUGGUGGUCGUCCAUUCUUUGGGAAAACACUGGGAGGGGGGCGGGGCGGGAGGGAGUUUGUGUGCUUGCACACGCUUAUUUCUAAUAUUGCACUUGAAAACCACAGCUGCUCUAAGUUCUUAAAACACUGGAAAGCCAUCCUUUGGUUUAAAUAGUUAGAAGUGCACAUGCUGGAAUCGGCCGAAGGGCCCUUUGAAUCCUUUCAUGUCGUGAUAGACUCUUACUAGCUAACUGAAAAUGUCUUUUCUUUUGUCGCCUGAGUGUCCCUUUUAGGAGAGUUUAUUUCUAGAAUAUUAAUGCCACCUUUUUUCUUUCUUUUGACUCGGAUGACAUUGCUCUCCUGAGCACCUUAAUGUCUCCCGUUGGAGGAGGGAAAGGGAUUUGGACUUGAUGUUUAUUUUUUUAAAAAUAACUCUACCUCUAAAUUGAGGCCUAGGAGUAAAGCACCGUCUCUUAAAUUUACCCUUAAAAACAGUAUCAGUAACCUGUGCCCAUGUCAAGCUUCGAGCAGUUAGAGAUUUCAUAGGGAAAACCAAAUAAAUUUAGUUCCCGAGAACCCUAGCUGAAUGAGGCUCCAAGAGCCAGACCAACAAAAGUUUUACUGUGUUGAGUUUACUGGUAAGAUUAUCUUGAUACUACCUCUCAAGGGUAUUGGUAGAAAAUGCCACUUACGGAUAAUAAGAUAGAUACAAGAGUUAUAUUUGACUGAGGCUUGAAACUCUGCCAUCUAUCUGCCAACAGUGGGGGCUUUCACUUCCUGUAAUUUAAUACUCUGUAGAUACAUUAUUUGUGUGUAAUUUUAUAAGUGUUCAUAUUUUUCUCAUUUUGCAUUGUGUAAAGUGUACAAAAUCUCAAAGUAUAAAAUACUGCUUAUAUUGCUUGUAAUUACAGUGUGUAAAUAUUUUCUAAUCGUGUACAUUGAUGGGGGGACAGAUGGAUUAUUCAGGUUUUUUUUUAAGUGACCCUUUUAUAUUGCAGCUCUAACAGAUAACUGCCCAUCAAACUUAAAACCACUUUGAUACAUUUUUAUUUAGCAGUCCAAUAAGAAAAGUCUCUAUUUUUAUCUUUGUCCAUCAGAGAAUACUUGAUUUGUCCCUUUCACAUAGUGGCCAAACUCCAGUUUGGACCCUUGUGCUUAUGACUCUGGUAGAUGUCUUCGGUCUCCAGGUCAUGUUCCAGUCAGUAUUUGCAUUUGGGUUCUCAUUUAAAAAAAAGUUGUAGUUCUCUUUCAGCACAACUAGCCCAUGGUUUCCUUCUCCCAAAUCAAGUAUUAUCAUCCUUCUCCCUCCUGAGUCCCCAGGCUUUGUCUCCCUCCUGCUGUUGUGCUCAGUGAAUGGGAUGAUUGUGGGGGAGAAAAUGUUCAUUGCACAGUGUCAGGCCACUUCUGGGACUUGGCAAACAAAGCUUGCACUGAGUGGUGGUGUGUUUGGCAAUAUUCCCGUGCCAAAAAUCACUAAUUUCUGUCUUAUUUUCUGGAUGUGUAUGUCAAACUUAGUACCCUUAUUGCAAGCUGAAACUUAAGGUACUUAUAUGUGUUAAUGCUUUUGUGUGUAAUUGUUCGCCUUUUCUAAACUGCUUUUCUUGUUAUCCAAGAAUAUAAUAUUAGUUAUAUCAUGUUAAAUGAAGAGGCUCUCCAUGCACAAAACACAUCUAUGUAGCAGUAUACUAAAUAGCCUUUGUACAUUUCCACUCUCCUGAUGGCAGUGGCGCCUAUUUGGAAGGUUGGUUGUUUUUACUUCAAGGUGUAAUAGCUUACUUUUUGACUUCACAAAAUUCUCCCCAGAUGCAAAAGAUAGAGAAAAUGGUGUGGUGUCAUCCAGGCUCAGUGGGAGCAUUUUUGUUUUUAUUUUUGUCAAAGCAAGGGUAGUUGGUGGGGAGGGGCCAGUAAUAACUUGUGGAGUCUUUAAACCAAGUGUGAUUUUUUUUUUUUUUUCAAUUUAAAAGAGCAAAACUUUGGGGCCAGGAAGAUAGAGCUGUAGUCUGAAGGCCUGGGUUCAGUGCCCGGCACCAUAAGGCUCCUGAGCACUGCCAAGAGCUACUCCCAAGCACUGAACUAAGUGUAGCCUCUGCCAGGUGUGGCCCCAAAACAAAACAAAAGAGGUGGCCCAUUAACAAGGUACUGAGUCAGAGAAUUAAUGGAAGGACUGUCCUGCUUUGUCUCUAAGGAGGCAGGAUUAGGGUACAGGUGACUGGGCAUGUAGAGCAGUUAGCAUGAUCUGUGGUGGUUACUUUUUCCUCAUUAACAGUGUUGUGUACCUCAUUAUCUCUGCAUUUGCUUUCCUUGGUAGCCCUGUCGGCCAGUUAUCCACCAGCUGUUAUGCAGUUUACAAGUAAAUGCAGAUUUCCUUUUUCUUUUUUUCUUUUUUUUUAAUAUUUUAUAUUACAUCUUGUUAAAGUCCUAUGAAUGUAUAUGUGUGAUUAAAAUGGCUUUUUCUCAGUUUGAA